AUGCCUGCGACGACAUCACAGGAGGAGAAUGUCUCUUCUUCGCAGCUGAAACAUGAGCCCACAGUCCAAAGAUACGAUUUUAGUGUGCCUGAGGGCCUCCCCCGGCAUCAAUCUCAGCGUCUACUGACUUGUGACCUCAACGGUAUGAAUAUUUUCGGAGGGCCGACCAAUGACUCUGGCAACCAUGAAGCACAAGUGCCCGACACACUCCUUGGCAUCGCAUCAUAUUGUGAUUCAAUUUCACCGAAUCGAGAGGUUUUGUUCACCUUUCAGCCCUACCUACGUGCCCCGAAGCUUCGUCGGUUGAACCUAUCGGAUCAGUCAUUUCUCGAGUCCCAGAAAUGUCUCCAUGUGCCUGCCGGUGUCAUACUGGAGACUUUGAUCACACGGUAUUUUCUCUACGUGCAUCCUUGUUUGCCAGUGAUCAAUGAGGCAGAAUUCUGGGCGAUGAUCGGCGACCAGUCGUCGUCAGUUUCAUCGUUUUCAUUAUUGGUAUUCCAGGCGAUGAUUUUCGCGGCUUGCAGUGUAUGUGUGACCCAGUUCCACGUGAGGGCUGUGAGGAACGUGUGUGGCCUGAUAUAUAAGAAUCUCAGUACAUUUCUCUCGAUGACGCGAAGACCUGGGGAGCUGGAUCCAUCCUGGAGAUGCGAAACUCCUUUUAUCGACGAGCAAAGGUACGACCAAGACAAUAACAAAUCGCAAGACUUUCUGCCAAGGCAUAGGAAAGCAUUUGAUAAGCUACUUUACGACUUUGGCGUUGAGGAAGACCAUCUUCGUAUUUCACAAGCCUUGACUCUCCUGACGUAUCAAAGUUCGGGGACCGAUCAUCUCAGCAAUAGCACCUGGUUAGGGCUCGCAAUCCAACAAGCUCGCUUGGCCAACGCUCACCUUUACUAUCGGUGUCCACCUAAAGCGAAAUACAAACGUUCCGACCUCAAACGCCUAUGGUGGUGCAUAAUGAUUCGUGAUCGGAUAAUCUCCUUGGGCAUGCGCCGGCCACUUCAAAUACCACCCACGCAAUUCGAUAUCAUGACACGAGAUCCGUUAGAGAUCGAUGAUCUCUCAGACGAAAUUCACACUUCCAGAGUGUACGAUGCCGAUACUAAGCGAGUACUCUGUCGAAUCAUGACAAGCCUGUGCCAACUUGUUUCAUCAUUAACAAGUCUUAUCGAUGCGCUUUAUCCCCUCGAUCCAUUUCCAGAUUGCCAUGCGAGUCAAGGCGCGAGUAUUGCCUCUAUCGACGACAUCCAGGCCCGACUCAAGCAUUGGCAGAGCUACCAGAUGCUGCCUCUGUCUUCAGAGGAUUACAGCGUCCACAAAUCUGUCGCAUUUUUCAAGCAGCUCAAUGCUCUGUAUUUUGAGUCGGCUCGUCUUGCGCUCUACCAAUAUAUCUCUUUCCGGAUUCAUCGCAAUCAGAGACCAGAUGAUUGGCCGGACCUAAUGGACGCAGUCUCCGCAAUACACGACGUGGUAAAGCGGUUUGUGGCAGAUGGAACAGCCAGCCACUUACCAAUCAGUGCGGUAGCUUAUACCGCGCUCCCCCAAAUGGUCUUGAAUCUGAACUUUCGGCUGUCGAACGAUGCAGUGACCCGCCGCCGUCAGGAGCUCGUUCUCCGCAACUACAUGGAGCUGAACCGCCAAUAUGGACUGCGGUACGACGUCGCCCACGUCAGUGUCUGGGUGAAUCGAAUCGUCCGGCUGUUCGAAGUUUCUUUAUCCCCCAUCAAGCCACAACUUGCCGACCUGGCUCGACAAGAGAGAGUCUUUCCGGGCAAAGACUGCCUAUAUUUGCUCAAACUAGAACCCGAGUUGUACUUCAAGAUUGCCGGAAUGAUGGACGCUUCCAUGGCGACUGGGCAAUUGGCGCUUGAGUUCUCCGAGUCCAAUUUCGACUCUCCGGAUCUGGCCAUGUCACUUUUUCAAAAUGAAUGUCAGCGAGCUGCCGAUUCGCCGCUAGCGAUGCUGAGUGAGCCAUCGGGGGUGAUUCAGUCUAUUGAGGAUGACGGGGCUGAGAUAGAAUGCGACUCAACAUCGAUUGACUUGAGCUCGAUUGAGCUUCUGUCCAGGGGGUUGGGACUUUUUGGAGAGUAG